GACGUUUGUGGUGAUAAAAACAACAGAAGCAUAAACUGCUUAGUUUACCUACAAGGCAUAUUUUUCUAAGAAAUUAUUAUUUACAAUUUAAAACUGGAGCCGUAUAUGCAACAGAUCACAAAUUGUAUAAUGAAGUUGCCAGACUUGGUAACUGCCCCCCUAAAAUACUUUAGUAAAGGCUCACCUUCUCCUGUUGUCCCAAUUAAAUCGACUAUAAUAACAGAAUGUAGUCCAUUAUGGAAACUAGCUGUAAAACAAGGACCAUUCGUACGAUUAGCAGGAUUAAGUGGAGCAGCAGCAGUUAUAUUAGGUGCCUAUGGGGCACACAAAGCAUAUCCUAAAGAUAGAGUGAACGAGCUUAAGCCAAUAUAUGAAACUGGAAAUAAAUUCCAUUUUUACCAUAGCUUAGCUUUAGUUGCUUUACCAUUAUGUAGAUUUCCAAAAGUUACAGCAGCCCUGUUUAUUACAGGAACAUUUUUGUUCUCUGGGGCAUGUUAUUAUCAUGCUUUUACUGGUGAGAAUAAAUUUAAUCGAUUUGCUCCUGUUGGUGGCACUUUACUCAUUAUUGGUUGGCUGUCGAUGGUCUUUUGAUUCUAUUAUUACACAUAUUUAAAGUUAUCAUUUUGUAUGGGUUAAUUUGCUAAAUCAAUUGUAAAAACCUAGAAAAAUAAGCUCAAUAUCUGAAAAAACUUAUUAAGUAUAAAAAAGUGUCCCCUCACAUUAUUUUGAUCAAAAAAAUUUCUUUUUGUAUAGAAAUGAAGUUUAUUAUGCCUUCUUGAUUUAGAAAUUGUAAUUGUUUGUUGAAUUGUACUUUAAUAACAAAAAUAAAUGUAGGUAAACAUAAAAAA